GUGACAGCUAAUUCAUUUGUCCUAUUGUAAACUGAAAGGUUGGGACGUGACAACCUCGGCCCGAGGCUCGGGCACCUUUCUUUGUGUCACUCUGGGUAGAACACGAGAUGCAGUCACUGAAGCUGCCAAGCGCUUCUCACAGGAGCUUGGUGUCUAGUGUUCCAUCCUCAGUGAAGGUUAUCCCUCGCGUGGGUGUUCGCCAGCUCCCUCUUUCAGGGCCAUCAACCGAGUCGGUCUCGUCCGCGAAGUCAAUCAACGCUCCCCGGAACGUCUCAGCAUCUGUUGCCAAGAUGUUGAACACUGCGAGCUCGGCCAAGAAGGUGCCGUUGGUGAGCGAGCUGCCGGCAUGGCAGGCACUGAAGGAGCACGUCUCUGAUAUUGAGAAGACCCACCUGCGCGACCUGCUGCACGACGAGGCUCGCUGCAUGGCGCUCAUCAAGGAGAGCGAGGGCAUCUACUGCGACUUCACGCGCCAGCGGGUCACGCAGCGCACCCUGGAGCUGCUGUACGAGCUGGCCGAGCAGUCCAACCUGCGCGGAAAGAUCAACGCCAUGUUCAACGGCGAGCACAUCAACAGCACGGAGGACCGCGCGGUGCUGCAUGUGGCAACUCGCGCGCACAGGAACCAGAAGAUCUUCGUUGAGGGUCGCGACGUGGUUCCCGACGUGUGGGAGGUGCUGGACAAGAUCAAGGCCUUCAGCGACAAGGUGCGCAACGGGCAGUGGCUGGGCGUGACGGGCAAGCCGCUGAAGAGCGUGGUGGCUAUCGGCAUCGGCGGCUCCUUCCUGGGGCCGCUGUUCGUGCACACGGCGCUGAGGACGGAGCCCAACGCCAUGCGCGCCUCCCGCGACCGCUCGCUGCGCUUCCUGGCCAACGUGGACCCCAUCGACGUGGCUCGCGCGCUGGACGGGCUGGACCCCGAGGAGACGCUGGUGGUGGUGAUCAGCAAGACCUUCACCACCGCGGAGACCAUGCUGAACGCGCGGACUGUGAGGAGCUGGCUGAUCGCACGGCUGGGCUCCGAGGCGGUUGCCAAGCACAUGGUGGCGGUGUCCACCAACCUGAAGCUGGUCAAGGAGUUUGGCAUCGACCCCGAGAACGCGUUCGGCUUCUGGGACUGGGUGGGCGGCCGCUACUCGGUGUGCUCCGCGGUGGGCAUGUUGCCGCUGUCGCUGCAGUACGGGUUUGACAUCAUGCAGGAGUUCCUUGCCGGCGCCAACAACAUGGACGAGCACUUCAAGAACCAGCCCUACCAGGACAACCUGCCGGUGCUGCUGGGGCUGCUGUCGCUGUGGAACGUGUCCUUCCUGGGGCACGGAGCCAAGGCUAUCCUGCCGUACUGCCAGGCCCUCUCCAAGCUGGCCCCGCACAUCCAGCAGGUGGACAUGGAGUCCAACGGCAAGGGGGUGGACAUCAACGGAGUGCGGCUGCCCUUCGAGACGGGCGAGAUCGACUUCGGCGAGCCCGGCACCAACGGCCAGCACUCCUUCUACCAGCUCAUCCACCAGGGCCGGGUGGUGCCGUGCGAGUUUAUCGGCAUCGUGCGCAGCCAGCAGUCCGUGUACCUGAAGGGAGAGGUGGUGUCCAACCACGAUGAGCUCAUGUGCAACUUCUUCGCACAGGCCGACGCGCUAGCCUACGGCAAGACCCCCGAGCAGCUCCGCUCCGACAACGUGCCCGACUACCUCAUCCCGCACCGCGUCUUCACCGGCAACCGCCCCUCGCUAUCCAUCAUGAUGCCGUCCUGCUCCGCAUACACCGUGGGGCAGCUCCUGGCAAUGUACGAGCACCGCAUUGCCGUACAGGGCUUCAUCUGGAACAUCAACAGCUUCGACCAGUGGGGCGUGGAGCUGGGCAAGGUGCUGGCGUCAAAGGUCCGCAACACCAUGAACGGCGUCCGCACCCGCGACCGCAAGGUGCUGCCCCAGGACGGCUUCAACUACAGCACCACCCGCAUGAUGAACAAGUACCUGGAGGGCAAGACGCAGGUGCUGUACCCGGAGGGGCACGACGUGUUCCCCAUCGACAUGCUGCGGGGCGGCGCGACGACAGCGGCAGCUGCCGGCAAGCUGUGAGCGGAGGCGGCGGACGACAGCAGCGCGGUGAGGAGUGGGUGCUUGAUAGCUAAGCGGUUUGGCGGUAACAGGCAGUAGUGUCGCGCUAAGCGGCGGCGGCGAAGGAGGAGGGGCUGCUUGUUUGCACAGGAGGAGUUGCAGGGAUGCGGAUGUUCAGCUGGCAGCGCCAGCCCUGCAUGCGGGUGCUUGACAAGGAAAAGAGGAGCCAGAAGGAGGAUAACGGCUUGUUGCACGUGCUGGAAUGUGGGGGAGUGCGGAAAUGUAUGCGGCUGGCGCAGCUUGCGCCGGCGCGGGCAGAGCAACAGGGCGUUGACAGACAGGGCCUGGACAGGGAAGGAAGGAGGUUGCAAUCCGGACAUGGUGCCCGUCUCCGCUCAUGCACACCAUUGCAGGAUGGUUUGCCUGGGUUGCGGACGGAGAUGAUACAGCCUGGCUCGCAUUGUUGUUGUUGUUGUUGAACGCCGCGGGUGGCGUUGGGCGGCGCGUGUUGGAUGCAGCCCCUGUUGGACUGAGGCGGAGGAGGCGUGGUCUGAAAGCCCACGUGGAGCAAAGGGGCAGGCAGGUUCCCGAAAUGUGCGGCUCGCUGCUACUGGUUGCCCAGGCACAUGCAUGGGCGGAAGCGGUAUGUGGCGCCUUCGCUAUGGUUCGGACCCAACUCUCGUAAAAUAAGGGCGCAGCAGUGUAGGGCAAUGGCUGCGUGCCGCCCUAGACUGAGUGCGUAGGGAGUGGCAGUAGCGAGACGUGCUCAGAGCAGCUGCCCUGCUGUGCGAGGCCGCCUAGGUAGUGCAUGCAGUGGCGCGAAGAUGUUGCGGCAAUUGUGGAUGGUGAAGGUUGCGGCAUGGAUCAUUACUCGUUGGUCAAGCCCAGUGCAUGUGUGAACGUUUUGCACUUGUACAGAAUACCGUGUAUGACAGGGACGUGUGCAGUCGGUGCAUGAAGGCACGGCCCUGGCCAUCUGUUGUGGAGGCUUGCAGGGAGCAAGGCGGUUGGAGCGCAGCCUAGUGGCCCAUUUUUGCUACCGGUUUUGUGCCUGUUAUGCCUGGGCGACUCAAAACCAGUUUGUAGAUCCGGAAUUACCGGGGUGUGCUGCUUGUACGUAGAAGCCGUAUGAUAAGCGUACGGCUGUGAUCG